CACUGAUAGGUGGCACUGACUGGCAUCACUGCUGGGCACUGACUGGCGGCACUGCUGGGCACUUACUGGCACAACUGCUGGGCUCUGACUGGUGCCACUGACUGGCAGCACUGCUGGCCUGCACUUAUGGGCACUGGUGGGCACAGGUGGGUGGCACUGCUGGGCACAGGUAGGUGGCACUUCUGGACACACUUGUGUGACACUGCUGGGUGGCACAGGUGGGCAGAGCUAGUGGGUGCACUGCUGGGCACAGGUGGGCGGAACAUGUGGGUGGCACUGCUGGGCACCGAUCAUCAGGGCACUGAUCAUCAGUGCCCUGAUGAUCGGUGCCGAUCCCUGCUCUAACAACUGUCAGUUUCUCGGCAGUACUUUCCUCACGAUCUGACAGCGUGAGGAAAGUGCAGCCGAGAACCAGCAAUUGCAU